AGAAUCGAUGUUUGAGAAAUGCUCUGCAGUCUGCCCAUCUCUAUACCAGAGGUCACCUUCAUAAAUCAUAAAUCUAGAUUAAUGUUUUUAAUUAGAUUUUUCAUAUUUUGAAUUUGUCGUUCUCUAACUAAUCUAGAAAUCUGUCGUAGACGACGUAAACGUGAAGAUUCGAAUCGCUAAUAGUUGUCUUGAAGCCGGCUAAAAUGACAGAAAAUACUGGAUCAAAAUUUAUAGGGCGAGGUGCCCACAAGGGCAAGGGCAUCGCAGUUUUCACAAGUGGGGGUGACUCACAGGGUAUGAAUGCAGCUGUCAGGGCUGUAGUUCGAAUGGGAAUAUACUUGGGAUGCAAAGUUUACUUCAUUAGAGAAGGAUAUCAAGGUAUGGUUGAUGGAGGUGAAAACAUAAUGGAAGCCAAUUGGUCAUCAGUCAGCUGUAUUAUCCAUAAAGGUGGUACCAUAAUUGGAUCUGCACGUUGUAAAGAUUUCAGGGAGAAAGCAGGUCGUCUGAAGGCGGCCAAGAAUCUCGUCCAGCGUGGCAUCACCAACCUGGUGGUGAUCGGCGGCGACGGUAGCUUGACCGGUGCCGACCUCUUCCGGCAGGAAUGGGGCACUCUGCUCGACGAGCUGCUCAAAACCAACGAGAUCACCGCCGAGCAGCGGGACAAGUGCAAGACGCUGCAAAUCGCCGGGCUGGUCGGCUCUAUCGAUAACGAUUUCUGCGGCACGGAUAUGACCAUUGGGACGGACAGUGCCUUGCACAGAAUCAUAGAAGCCGUCGACUGCAUCGUCAGUACAGCCUAUUCUCACCAGCGUACUUUCAUCAUGGAGGUGAUGGGUAGACACUGCGGGUAUUUGGCUCUGGUUGCCGCUUUAACUUCUGAAGCAGAUUACGUUUUUAUUCCUGAAUCACCUCCGCCAGAAGACUGGCAGAGUAAACUGUGCGAGAAAUUAGAACAGGAGAGAAGUGUUGGCCAACGUCUGAAUAUCAUCAUCGUAUCUGAGGGCGCUAUCGACAGAAAUGGAGAUCCCAUAACGGCAGAACAAAUAAGAAAAGUCGUCGUCGACAAUCUGAAUCAAGACACCAGAAUUACUGUGCUGGGUCAUGUUCAACGUGGUGGCAAUCCUUCAGCGUUCGACAGAGUUCUGGGUUGUCGAAUGGGUGCAGAAGCUGUUAUGGCACUGAUGGAAGCUAAUGAAAACACGGAACCUUGCGUCAUUUCCUUGGAUGGUAACCAAGCAGUUCGUCUACCGUUGAUGGAAUGUGUCAAACAGACCAAAGCAGUAGCCCAGGCGUUGGCUGAUAAACAAUGGGAUAAAGCUGUUCAACUUAGAGGGAAAUCUUUCAUGAGGAAUUUGGAGACAUACAAACUGUUAACCCGUUUGAAACCGCCCAAGGAUGCUUUUGAUGACAGGGGGCAUGGAAAAGAAGGUUAUACCAUGGCCGUCAUGCACGUUGGUGCCCCAGCUUGCGGUAUGAAUGCAGCUGUUCGUUCUUUUGUACGUAACUGCAUCUACCGUGGAGACACUGUGCUUGGCAUCCAUGAUGGUGUCGAAGGUUUUAUCGCUGGAAACAUCAAAAACAUGAGUUGGUCAGAUGUAACUGGUUGGGUCAGCGUUGGCGGUGCAUACUUGGGAACAAAGAGAACACUUCCAGGUAAUCGCUUGGGAUUGAUCGCAUCCAGAAUUCAAGAAUUCGGCAUUCAAGCUAUCUUAAUCAUUGGUGGCUUUGAGGCAUACCAGGCCGCCCUCCAGUUCUCCGAGGGCCGCGACCAGCACCCCGCCUUCUGCAUACCCAUCAUGGUCAUACCGAGCACGAUCAGCAACAACGUGCCCGGCACCGAGUUCUCCCUCGGCUGCGACACGGCGCUCAACGAGAUCACCGAGAUAUGCGACAGGAUCAGACAGUCGGCGCAGGGCACGAAGCGCAGGGUGUUCGUCAUCGAGACGAUGGGCGGAUAUUGCGGCUAUCUGGCCACCCUAGCCGGACUUGCCGGUGGCUCGGAUGCAGCUUACAUCUAUGAAGAGAAAUUCACCAUCAAAGAUCUCCAGCAAGACGUCUAUCAUAUGGCAACGAAAAUGUCAGAGGGGGUGCAGAGAGGUUUGAUUCUUCGCAACGAGAAGGCAUCCGAUAACUACAAUACCGAUUUCAUUUACCGGCUGUAUUCCGAAGAGGGAAAAGGGUUGUUCAGUGCCAGAAUGAAUGUCUUAGGUCACAUGCAGCAAGGCGGCUCUCCCACCCCCUUCGACCGCAACUUGGGCACCAAGAUGGCGGCCAAGGCGGUCGACUGGAUCGUCUGUCAGCUGAAGAACAACACGGAGCUGGACGGCACGAUGUGCUGCUCGGAUCCCAACACCGCCUGUCUGUUGGGCAUCAUCAAGCGUCAGUACAAAUGCACGUCGUUGGCGUCGCUCAAGAUGCAGACGAAUUUCGAUCAGCGUAUCCCGAAAGACCAAUGGUGGCUGAAGCUACGGCCCCUUCUGCGUAUCCUGGCCAAGCACGAUUCGACCUAUGAGGAAGAAGAUAUCACAGAUUCAAAGGAACUUGCUAAGAAACUGUCCGAUUUGAGAAGAAGGGGCACUUUAGUCGAAUUCGAAGUGAUAGAGUACAGGGCUGACUGGCUCGAGAGUCAGAUGACUAAAAUCAGAAAACAUGUUUCUUCCCCCUGAAGUAUUCGAAAUGGAGACUGAGAGAACAAAAUGUGAUCGUAUUGGCUGUGAAUUUGGAAUAUACAACAUACUUUUGUACCCCCC